AGGCCAGGACUGCGGGCGCGGGGCAACACAGCUCGCCGGGCUCCGGCGGGCAGCGUGGCGUCCCCAGCCUGCGACCCCCGGGAUCCUCCUCCUGCUACGCCGCCUGAGCAGGGGCACAGAGCCGCAUGUGUCCCCGCGCAAGCCCCAGACCCGCGGGCCGCACCUAGGGGAGGCGGUUGGUGCCUGGGGAGGACCCCGGCUUCCCGCUCCAUCCAAGGCUACUCGAGCGCCGCGGGGCCCUGCAGAGGCCCGCGCAGAAAGGACCAUGAAAGUGAGAUCAGCUGGCGGUGACAGGGAUGUACUGUGUGUCACUGAAGAGGAACUGGCUGGUGAAGACGAGGAUAUGCCAUCCUUCCCAUGCUCCCAAGAGGGCCGGGCAGGACCCCGCUGCAACCGCUGCCAGAAGAACCUAUCUUUGCACACGUCAGUGCGGAUUUUGUACCUCUUCCUGGCUCUGCUCCUGGUGGCUGUCGCUGUACUGGCCUCUCUGGUUUUUAGAAAGGUGGACUCUCUCUCAGAAGAUAUCUCCUUGGCCCAGUCCAUCUAUAAUAAGAAGCUUGUGUCAAUGCAAGAAAAUCUUCAAGGACUGGACCCAAAAGCCCUGAUCAAUUGUUCCUUUUGCCGUGAGGCUGAGCAGCUGGGGCAAGAGAUCAGAAAGCUCCAGGAGGAGCUGGAGGGGCUUCAGAAGAUGCUGCUGGCCCAGGAGGUCCAGCUGGACCAAACCUCCCAGGCUCAUGAGCUGCUCUCCACCACAAGCAGUCAAAUCUCCCAGGAGAUGGGCAGUUGUUCCUUCUCCAUUCACCAGGUCAAUCAGUCCCUGGGACUCUUCCUGGCACAAGUGAGGGGCUGGCAGGCCACCACAGCGGGCAUGGACAUCACCCUGAAGGACCUUACCCAGGAGUGCUAUGAUGUCAAGGCUUCUGUGCAUCAGAUCAACUUCACAGUGGGCCAGACUGCUGAGUGGAUCCAUGGGAUCCAGAGGAAGACAGACGAGGAGACCCUUACCCUACAGAAGAUAGUCACUGACUGGCAGAACUACACCAGGCUUUUUGGGGGUCUGCGAAGCACCUCUGCCAAGACUGGAGAGAUCGUCAAGACCAUUCAGGCCACCCUGGGGGCCUCCUCACAGCGCAUUAGCCAGAAUUCUGAGAGCAUGCAUGACUUAGUGCUACAGGUCAUGGGCCUACAGCUACAGCUGGACAACAUCUCUUCCUUUUUGGAUGACCAUGAGGAGAACAUGCAUGACCUCCAAUAUCACACCCGAUAUGCCCAGAAUCGCACAGUGGAAAGGUUUGAGUCUCUGGAAGGACGUAUGGCUUCUCACGAGAUUGAGAUUGGCACCAUCUUCACCAAUAUCAACGCCACCGACAACCACGUGCACAGCAUGCUCAAGUACCUGGACGACGUGCGGCUGUCUUGCACACUGGGCUUCCACACCCAUGCUGAGGAGCUCUACUACCUGAAUAAGUCUGUCUCCCUCAUGCUAGGUACCACAGAUCUGCUCAGGGAGCGCUUCAGUCUGCUCAGUGCUCGGUUAGACUUCAAUGUCCGAAACCUCUCCAUGAUCGUGGAGGAAAUGAAGGCUGUGGACAUACACCAUGGAGAAAUCCUUCGCAAUGUCACCGUUGUCCGAGGUGUCCCCGGCCCUCCAGGACCAAGAGGACUCAAAGGAGAUCCAGGUGUGAAAGGACCUGUUGGUAGCAGAGGACCUAAAGGGGAUCCUGGCAGUCUGGGACCCCCAGGACCUCAGGGUCCUCAGGGGCAGCCUGGGGAGCCAGGACCUAUGGGAGAAAGAGGGCCAUCUGGCCCCCGAGGCUUUCCGGGCCUCAAAGGCUCAAAGGGCAGCUUUGGCACUGGAGGACCAAGGGGGCAGCCAGGCCCCAAAGGGGAUGUGGGACCCCCAGGGCCAGAGGGGCCCCCAGGGUCUCCAGGACCUUCAGGGCCUCAGGGAAAGCCAGGGAUUUCAGGAAAGACAGGGUCACCAGGCCAGCGAGGGGCCACAGGGCCUAAGGGUGAACCAGGUAUCCAGGGUCCCCCUGGACUACCUGGACCUCCAGGUCCACCAGGGAACCAGAGCCCCUACUGAAAAAAGUCUUUGGCCUGAUACUGCCAUGCAAGUUGGAGAGGAGGGCGGGGUCAGAGAAAGCAGCCCGAAGGGCUUACGAUCUACAAUCAUUGUUCUUUGAUCCUAAUAUGAGGGUGUCUCUUAGAACUGACUUCAUAGCCUUAAGCUUCCCAAUAAUGACUGUACCAUAGGAAAACAGCUCACCUCCCCUACUUUUUUCUGCUAGCUAAAGGGGGUGCCUACUGGGUUUCUAUGGCUGGUUAGAAGGAAAGGCUGUGAGAGCCUGCUGGUGGGGGAGGGGAUAGCUACCCGGGGAAGAAUGUCUUAGCUCUCUUUGGAUGGUAACUAGCUCUGGUCUCUGCAAUGACUUAACACUCAUGCGAGCCAGGUCUUGAAAAAAAAUCCAGGAAAAUCUUUGGGGCAUUAUAGAUGAAACUCCAGGGAUAGCAGCACCUCCCCCCCCCAUAACAGUCAGGGUAGAGUCAUGGGGAGCUGCCUUGACCCACACAGGGCAGGAGAAUUCUGCCUGGCUGGCAUUUCCAGGCCUUGUGCGUUGAUGAUGACCCUGACAAGUUCAGAGUGUUUUUAUUCACACAUCCAGAAAAUUCCUCUCUUCAGUCUUACCUCUGUAUCUCAAGAGCGGUCUGGAAGGAACCCAAGCAGAGUUUCAUUGGCAGGCUGAGAGCCUACAGGUCCCAGAACAUUUUGCUUGACUGCCAUCCAGCUCCCAGGAAGACCACAGGGAUGGAGGUGGGAAGACACAUCAGGGGUUAAACUCCUCUCUCCAAACUCACCCCUGGUUCAACCUAGUCUGCCAUGCCUUGUUCCCAGUAAUAGCCAAGGAGGGAGAAGCUGGUAACAUGGCAGCUCUUGCUUCCUUUCCUUGGUUGAUCUGACACAGAUGCACAGUGACCUCACCCCACAAUGACCUAAGAUGGCUGGAGUUCUUUCCCACGUGAACAGCCAAGCUGGACCAGGCAUGAGAAAAGCUGAACAUGCACAAGGAACUUUUGAUGCUACUUCCUGUCUUUCAUGACCUUGCAUACACUGGCAGAAGGGGAUGCUGGGAAAGGCCCGCGUUGCCUUGACGACUCACUUUGUAGAGCUGCCCUGCUCCUUCAUACUCCAGCAGAUUCAAACACUCCUGGGAGAGGCUAGAGCCGCCUCCUCCCUUGCCCUGCCUCAGAGACCUGUCUUCUUCCUGUUCAAAGGCUCUGUGCCACCUUCCUUGUCAGCAUCAGUGUGCAACUGGCUUGCACGACCCAUCCACCCCUGCUGUAUAAUUGUCCUGUCUACAUAUGAUAAUAUCAUGCAACACAGUAUCACUGGCCCAGUAAAGAGCUGUUUCCAGUA